AUGGCCGGUGCGGACGAGGCGGACUACUUGGAGCUCCUUGUUGCCAACAGCCGAAUCGGCGAAUGGGUGGACCGUAUUCGAGCCCGUGGCAAUCCAGCCAGACAAAAGCAGGCGCUACUGCUCCUGAAGCAAGCGGUCGAGAACCGCAGCACCUACGCCGAGGAGGCGCGUCAGGCCGGCGUUGUGCCGCUCCUGACCCGUCUGCUAGGUCUGACAGAGGAUGAGGAGGUGUUGGACGCUUGCUCGGCCAUUAUCGCUGCUUGCUCUGGCCCUAUGGCGACAGCCGGCAAGGUCAGCACCUUUACGUACGACAAUGCUGUCGUACACAUCCGUGAGGGCGCCCUGGGCGACGGGCUUGGCGCCAAGGUGUGGAUGGUAGCGCACAUGUUGUGUUUGGAGCUGGCUUCGAACCGGGAACUUGUCGCCGGACGCCGAGUGCUGGAGCUGGGCAGCGGCUGUGGCGUCUGCGGCCUGGCGGCAGCGGCGUUGGGUGCCGGACAUGUCGUGCUCACCGACGUGGAGGGCCCAGUACUCCGAAACCUCCGCUCCUGCAUGCACCUGAACCACACGUCCUUGACGAAGCGCAGCGACGGAUACGGAGGCGCGGCCGUGUACAGCAACACAAGCACACGUGUCACUGGCCCUGCGGAGGUGUCGACCGCGGUACGGUACGGCAAAGUACGGGAUUCGCUGGCGACGGAGGCGCCGGCGUUGCCGUCCGACGCGGAGCUGUUUGACGAAGCGGAGGAAGUGGAGGAUUUUGACGACAUGAUGUCGGAUAUGAUGGCCGUGGACGGCGCCAGGAGCGGCUCAGGCAGCGGUGACGGGGACGAGAAGAACCUCCGACCCCAGGGCCUAGCAUUAGAGACGGCCUGGGAGGUGGGCAACACAUCCGUCCGGUUGCUCGACUGGGCCGAAUCAAGAUCCCUCUUGGACAGCGGGGUGGUGCUGGAGGAGCUGGGGCCGCAGUCCGCGGGAGUAGCAGUAGCAGAGGCGAGGACGGCGGAGGAAGGCUCCGCCGGUGGCACUGCGGCAGGCGGUGAGGCGGACAUGCCGCCCGCCAUCCCCGUGUGGGAGCGCUUCCCCGUAGUGAUUGGCUCGGAGGUCAUGUACGAACGAGUACAUGCGGAGCUCGUGGCGGCUGUCCUGAAGCACCGUUUGGCACCAGGAGGCUGUGCCGUACUGCAGUGUGCCGUACGGGAGCUCAAGGUCUUUGAACACUUUGCUCGGGAAUGUCGUCGUCGGGCUUUGCGCUACCGCCACCGCCACGUGGACCCGGUGACGCUGUUUAACCCCGCCACCCCGGGCGGCGGAGGGAGCGCGUGCCCGUUCGAGGGCAUCUUGGGCCGUGCGGAUGAGUACGAGGGGGGCGUGUUGUUGAUGGCCAUUGACCACGAGGACAGUCCCUGCAUGCAGUGGCACCGCGACGACUGGGAGGCGGGGGUGUGA